CUCCUGUCACCCUGUGAGGGAGGGUGGGGCCCCUCCCUGUGAGCAGCCCCUCCCUGUGUGAAGGGAAAGUCCUGCUCACUUGAACCUGACAGUCUCUCUGAGAGCAGCUGCAGCUCCACAGCUCGUCUUCAUCAUCCUCAUCUCCAUCACCUCCUCAUCUUCAUCAUGACGGCUGCCUCCUCCCAAAAGGCCAGGAACGUGGUUCUGGCCCUGCUGGCGAUCUGGUCCAUCGUGUCGCUCAUCGUCAUCGUGGUGUGGGCGACGUCUCCGGACCUGAAGAGCUCUGCCCAGUGCCGCGUCGAGCUGCAGGGCGUGAGGAAGAAGCUGGAGGACACCGAGGUGGAGUGGAAGAAGGACAAGGUGGCGCUGGAGGAGCAGGUGGAGAACGAGCGGAAGGAGCAGGAACGCCUGAUGGCCGAAAACCAGCUGCUGCUGGCAAACCUCAACACCACAAACGCCACGCUGGAUGGGUGCCGCCAGGAAAACCUCGUCCUGAACGGGAACAUCAGCGUCCUGCUGGAGGAGGUGGAGCGGCUCCGUCAGACGGAGACCAACCUCACGGCUCGGCUCGGCCUGCAGGAAGACCACAUAGACGUCCUGCAGUACAACCUGACCCAGGCCCGCCACCAGACCCAGUCCUGCAUGAGCCUGAAGGCGGCGGCUCAGAGUGAGACGCUGGCGGCAAAGAGUGAGACCAAAGCCUGCGUGUCCAGCCAGGAGUUCAUCCAAAAACAGCUUCACAAGUGUAAGCAGGUCGAGUCUGAAGCUCCUCAGCAGACGCAGAAGGACCCGUCAGACUCGGCGAUGUCGACUCUCGCUGGUGUUCCUGCGCUGACGCUGCUCGUCUGCAGCAGCCUGCAUCUGAUCACCUGAGCACAUGAGGCGGCGGCGGCGGUCCAGGAGGGGGGCGGAGCCUGGACAGACUCAAUGACUGCUGUACAAACUUCCUCUCAGCAAACACUCACACAGAUCGCCAUGGAGACGCUGAGACGUUCACUGACCGUUUAAAGAGACUCUGCUGCCUUCACUGCUUCCGUUUCUCACAACUUCACGAAGUUUCUUUUAAACUUUUUACUUCCUGCGUCAGUCGUCAGAUUUAUUGACUUCAUCUCCAUAGAAACGACCAGCAGAGACGUUCAUGACGAUGCCUUCAGGGACACACGGACAUCUGACAUUUCAGUCUGCUGCUCAACAGAGAAACUUACUGCAACUAUCAAUUAAAUCCACAAAGUCUACGUUUGAUUAUUUUAAGUCAACCUGUUUAUCAUUAAUAAUCAGUUUAUAAACAGUUAAUAAAUGUUUAAAACACUUCAAUCUGUUCAUAACUACAUUAAUAAGGCAGGCUUCACUUUAUGUGCACGUUAGUAAUAAUAAAUAAAUACUACAAAUAAUUAACGGUCA